AUGGGCAGUGAAAAUACCGCGAUUUCUGAAGCAAAAACGUUUCAUGCUAGAAAUGACUCGUUUUCGGAGCUACUUAGAGCUGCUAUUGCAACUUGCUAUCUACCUACCGGGAGCAUGGACGAUCUUGCAGCCAUCUUGACCUCUCGUGUCAAAACGGGGAAAUUCAUUCGUAAUCCACAACAGGCUUCACAAUUGACGUAG